AUGCCCCCAAAGAAGAAAGAAGCGACAGACCCAGCAGUCGAACAAUUGUUCCAAAGACUUGAGCCGUUCUUUGACGGUAUUUUAGUGACAAUGAAAUCGUUCUCGUUGACAGACAAAGCAGAGUACCAACAACUGUUUACCGAAUUUUUGACGCAGUCUGGCUCGAACUUCUACGAGGUGUUCAUUCGCUUUUUCUUGGAACGAUUGAAAAGCGGGUUUCAGUCUUCUAUGGAAAAAAUGCGCGAUGUUCCGAUUGACGAAAACUUCCCAAAGAUCAUUAAAAACGACUUGGACCGAUGGGAAUAUGCUAAAGAGUCCAUUCUUGUAUUGUUCAAACCGUUGGACUAUGCUAUGGCCAAUGGUGCUUCGACGACCAUUGAAAUGAUUGUUAAAGAUAAAUGGAACACUGACUACCUCCACACCUUGAAUGAGAAAUUCAAUUUGACUGAAAACUUGACCCACGUCUUCUCCGAGUCUAGAAGAACCGGGAAUAAGACUGCAGUUAUGCCAGUCAAAAACAUUCUUUUGUUGUACAAGAGAGAGAACUUAGUGUCUAGAGGACAAGUUCCAUUGAUCAAGAUGUUCGAAGACUCGUUCUGUAAGUCAUCCACUGAAGACUAUAAGAUCUUUGCUGCUGAUUUCUUUAAGGAAGGUGUUCACGGGUUCUUGCCAAGAGCCAAACAGUUUAUGGAAGACGAGGAGUUCAGAAUUGAUAAUGCCAUGGACGAAGAGAUUGGAGAGAAGAUGAAAGGGUUCUUCAAGAAGGAGUUCUUGAGAGUCUCCCUUGAGAUGGUGUUUGCCAAGUACGACGAGAUUUUGGAACAAGACAAGGAAAUUGAAUUCCAGGCUAUUACCAAGUUGUUUGGUCCGAUCAAAGAGUUGGACCGAUUUGCGGAGAAGACGAAGAACAACUUCCAGAAAUAUUGUCAAGAUAAGAUGGAGAAUGCGGUGAAACAGAACAAGGACAUUAAUAAGGAUUACCCUGCUGUUGUUGGCCUGUUGUUUGAAUUACUUGAUCGACUUGAGAAGAUGCAGCAAGUCUAUUUCCUUGGAGACAAGACUUUCAAGACGCAAUUGGACUCUGCUUUCAAAGACGCGUUGAUUGAUAAUAAGAUCCUUGAUCUGUCCGAUAAGAAGGAAGAAGUCUUCCCACGAACUCUUGCGAACUACGCACACAUGUUACUUAAGAAAGGGAGUAAGAUCGAGCCCGAUCAAGAUAAAGUCAAGCAGAAUAUCAUUAAGAUCGGGAAGGUCUUACAAUUUGUCGGGAACAGAGAUCUCUUUGAAAUGGUGUAUCAGAAGAACUUCCAAGACAGACUUGUCUUGGGGUUGAUGGAGUCGUCCGACCUUGAAAUGUUCACCAUCAACGAAUUGUCGAACAUUUGCGAGAGACAAGUCAGCCACAAGCUUCACACGACGUUCCAGGAGUUCAAUCAGUCAAGCGAUUUACUUGAGAAGUUCAAGAUCUAUUGCACCAAAAACACGGUCACGCUUCCAAAGUUCGAUUUCAGUAUUGUCGUCUUCUCUAACAGUUCCUCUCAAAACACGAACUCGCCGUAUGAGAUGCCAGCCGAUAUGAAAUUUGUUUUCGACAAGUUCACAGAGUUUUAUAACGAAAACCAGAAGAAGAAGUUGACUUUGAAUCAUAACUCGUCAACUGGUGUUGUGCAGUUCCAAUGGCUCAAGAGACCAAUGCAAGUGACUUGCAGAUUCUACCAAAUAGGGAUCUUGAUGUUGUUUAAUGAGAAUCCACAGAUCAAGUUGAAUGAAGUCGGUGCGAAGACUAAGUUGACGAGCGAUGUUUUAGCCGUCAACAUGUCUGGUAUUCUUUCAAAGGGACUCAUCUCGAACUCUACUGGGAAGUCCUUUACGCCGGACUCCGUCUUCAGUUUCAAUAUGAGUUUCAAGCCGAAAAUGACGAAAUUCUCUGUGAUGCAAGCUGAUAAGGAAUACGUCGAGAAGGAAGAACAAAAGAGAAAUGACGCCGAACGCGAUCAAUUGGUUGAUCAGAGAAACAACGCGAUUCAGGCGAAACAAGUCAGAAUUAUGAAACAAAGAAAGACAAUGAAAUACGCGGACUUGAUCAAUGAAACAUGCGAACACUUGAGAACGCGUUUCAAUGUCACUUCAAGAAUGGCAAGACAAAACAUCGAGUUCUUGAUCAAUAAAGAGUAUUUCAAGAGAUCAGACACCGCUAUCGACACCCUCGAAUAUCUGUCUUAA